GGCUUAUCAUCACAGGAUCCCACGGACUUCGGUACUUCCUCCUCGUCCUUCGACCUCGCCGAGUCGGACGAUCGAAACGACGACGAAGAGGAGGAAGAGGACGAGGAAGAGGAGGACGAUGACGAUGACAAUGACGGCGAUAAUGAUGAUUACGAUGAAGGUGGUGAAUGCAACGAGGAGAGAAAUGAUAGAAAAAUAGAAGAUAGGAAAAACAUCAAGGAAGAAUUAGCGAGCUAUUGCAUUCCCAAUCAACGAUCAUCGAUUUCCUCUGGCAUCGUCGAGUCCUAUGAUAACAAAAACGAGCCGUGGGUUCCUCUCGAGUUCCUCCUAUCUUCAUCGAAAGAAACAACAGAACUCUUUGAUGCGCGAUAUCAUCCGUACCAACAAUCACACAAUCAUCGUGUCGUUCCUCGUCAAGAAUCAAGAGGAGGACCAUUGCGGAGUGUAGGAAGAGGAGGAGGAGGAGGAGGAGAGGGCAAAGAGUUGGACUAUAUCGAAACGGUUAUUAGCACGAAUCCUAACAAUUGUCCUCGUAAACGUAGCGACAGUAACAGCAGUAGCAACAGUAGCAGCAGCGCUAUGACAACCAUCAGUACCAAUUCGAACGAUCUCCUUCGCAAACUACGCCGUAAUUCGGCGACAACCAACUCAGCGUCCUUCGUAUUUGAUCUCGCCCAAACAAGUGAUCCCUCAAAUCCACGCGACCAUUAUAUGGUACCAACGCGAAAUCCUCGCGAACUCAACGAGAGGAUCCUAUCACUUUUCAAUCCACAAUUUUUACCGAAUUUCAAUGACAUGGUUAGAUACAUGGCAGCGUCCCAGCAGGAGCCGAGCAAUUCUCGAACUACUUCAAGAUCAAUCAACACUGAAACUCGUCUCUUCAGGCAUACUAAUCGCCGAAGGAAACGAAAUAGCAUCAAUGAUUCUAUGCUCUUUCGCCAGGGACUGGUCUAUCAGGUGCCACGUGACAAAUGAACUGUCGAUCCACGAAUAUUGACAUAAAGUACGAGAAUGUUCCAAAAUCGAUAUAUAAUAAACAUAUAUUCGUAUAUACAUAUAUAUGUGUGUGUGUGUAUUUAUG